CCUCGUAAACUGCAGAUAUGGUCUAGCAUAUCAUAAUUUAUAACCACCAAGUAACAGAUGUGUGUGUGUACCGUAAACACAUGUUCACCGUAUUAUGUGCAUAAAUAUAAGAUUAAGAAGGAAUAAAAUAAGAAAGACCAUACACGUCGGCUGAAAGAAAAGAUGCCAAUCUUCAAAGAGGUCGUUAAAUGGAAACGGAUAUUUACGUUGACCUUCGUUUGGUUACCAAUCGAGAUUUGCAAGCUUCUGAUUGGUCGCUUUUUAUCGUCGGCAAUGGACCGAUGGUACACGAACAUGCUCGGCUCAGUGAUGAGGGACAUUGGCUUUCAAGAGUCAGACUAUGCACACAGCGCCUACUGUCUCGGCUACGUGACACAAUGUUACAGAAGCCGACUUCUGGACAUACGCAAAAAUGCUUAUAAAAAUGGCCCGGCACCAAACCCUGACGUCGUCAGCUUUGGAAACAGGCAAUUGUGCAAACUGUUGGAUAUUGCAAAAGUAGGUCGGCCUCUUGUUCUGAACUUUGGGAGCUGUACCUGACCGCCGUUCGUCGCGAAGCUUGCCGAGUUUAACAAACUCGUUGAUAAGUUUCGUGAUGUCAUUGACUUUGUCAUUAUAUACAUCGAGGAGGCACAUGCUACUGACGGGUGGAAGUUUUUAAACAAUUUUGACAUUAAGAUACACAGGACCAUGGAUGAUCGUAUAGCGGCAGCCGGGGAGUUGGCUAAAUUACGGCCACACUGCCCGAUAGUUGUUGAUACGAUGACGAACAAUGCAAAUGAGGGAUAUGGGGGUUUGUACGAAAGGUUGUACAUUGUGAUGGAUGGAGUGGUGAGGUAUGAGGGCGAAAGAGGACCUUCGGGUUAUAGGCUUGAUGAGGUGGAAAAGUUGUUACGUUCGUACACAUUCGAAAAACGUAUGGUUGAUAAAUAAAAUACGGAAUAUUAUGUCGUUUAUCGCUAAGUGAUUUUAACGAUAUGAAACAGAGGACGACGUUGUUUAUGAACUAUUAAAGGAUUUGCACCCACUUAUCCAUUUGCCUUUUGGAUAAGUCGUUAAUUAUAAGUCAUCACAGUAAACAAUAUAUCUAAAUUUACCAGUUGCAAAACACAGUUUACCUUUUGUUAGCCCGAGUCGUUUGUCAAAAGACUUAAGGUAUAGUAAAUUAACUGUACAUAUUUUCGCAUUAUUUACGAUAGAAAAAUACGCAUAUACGUUCAAACCAAUAUUUGUUUGACCAGAAUUAGCUGGUCAUGUGAUCGAUUGUUUACCCAAUGUAUAUUUUUUCUUUGCGACAAAUAUCGACUUAAUGCUAAGGCCUAUACUAUAAUGUCUGUGUUUGCUAUUUUAUGACUGGGUCUGUCGAAACAGAUGACAUGCGCAUGAUAAUUAACCUUGGUACUGGAUAGUGAAACACAGAUUUUGUAUUGCUGGCCAUUAGUGUUUGUGUAUUUCUAUAUCAUAUAGAAUUAAUGCUGUAAGUAGAUGUGUGAUUUUUUCACUGUUGAAACCAAACCGAUUUGAUAUAUACAAUGUUGUAUUUUUCAAAUGAAAUUAUAUUACAGCCACCUAAUAUGAACCCAUCAUAUUUGUAUAUUCUUAACAAGUACUUGUGUCAACUAACAAUAUAAAAAUAUAAAGUGUG